ACUCAAUCCAAGUGGCGCAUCGAUCUAGUAGCUUGCACGAUGCUGAUGAAGAAGGUGGCCGUGGUUGCUGCACUACUGCUGUUCCUUCCGUUCGUCGUCAAUGCUAAGGACGGCAAUGUGGCUGGAUGGAAGCCAAACAAGACACCGGAGACGCCGGAAUCGGACCUGACAGCGCCGCCGUUGGUCUUUAACGUGACCGAGGCAAAGGAAGAGUGGCUCGAACUGAACGUGGCUGCUUCAGCCAAAGGUUACACGGCCUUCAUGAACGAGCUGCACCAGAGGCUGGUCGACACGAGGGGGAACAAGUGGACCAUCCGCUGGACUCCGGUGCUCGGUGUGCAGAAAAUUAACUGGGAGCCGGACACCUGGAUCCACGUGGUCCUCAAGGGGGGUCAGGGAGAGACGUCCACCCUUGCCAUCAGGGCAGACAACUUGUACCUCGUCGGCUUCAGGACCAAUGAAGGUUCCUGGUAUGUGUUCAAGAAUAGGAAUCUGUACCGCAGGAACAUCUCGCUUAACUUCAACGACGAUUACAAAUCUCUCACCGGCGGUAGAGGCCACAGACACCUAGAUAGGGUGGAUGUCAGAAGGCACUCAGCCCUGAAAGCAACGUCUAUCCUAGCAAGGUACAAGCCGGACGGUUCUACCUCCGAUGCGGACCUCCAGACGGCCUUGGCCACGUUUAUCCUCAUGAUCUGUGAGGCCCAACGGUUUACCACUAUCAGUGAUUUCGUGAGUAAAGCAUGGGACACGAAGCUUGAAACUCAUGUUCCAACACGUGAGCUUGAACUCGUCGUCAAGUGGAAAGUAAUUUCCUGCGCGCUGCUUAGCUGGGACCAGCGCUGGGACGGAACAAGGAAUUGGAAGGAUAUCCCCCUGGCAAAAGAGAUUGCAAAGUACGGGAAUCCGAGGAUGACGAGCCCAUGGGCAGCCGCAAAGAACCUGAACUUCAUCCUUCAGGUGACUUGGUAUAAUUGCGAAGCAAUCAAAAAGUGAAGGGUGAUCGUUUGCAUCAUCUGUUGUAGUCUGUGCAUGCUAGGUGCUCCCGUCCGUGGGAUCUCGCAGCUGUCGGAGCAUUUUAUUUCCAUUCCUACUAUAUUGCCCCUUCAGGGCUGUUGCUUGUAAGAUGGCCUUCAGCCGUCCCUUUGAUUAUUCAAUCAAAGCAUGCGCAGUUUGUUUCUUCUCCGUCUAGGUGAGUAAGUCAUCUUAGGUUGUGCACCGUGACCAAGGAGGAGGGGAA